GACGCUAAACCAUAGGGUGGGGUAGGUGCGCGCGGUGCAUGCUGGGCCGGGAGGCUCUGACCACCUCACAGCCAAGAUGGCGGUCGACUACUCCCGUCUGGCUUCCGCCAAAGAAAAGCGGCAAGAGCAGCUCAAGCGAUGGCUGGAGUCCGACACAGAACGCGAGCCCACCGUGCCGAAGAGGAAGCGAUCCAGGGUGAAGUUCCAAGAGGGCUGCGUCUUCCUAGCGGCCUGCGCCGCCGGCGACACGGAAGAAGUCGGGCAACUCCUGACGAACGGUGCCGAUAUCAAUACCGCCAAUGUGGAUGGCCUGACUGCGCUACAUCAGGCUUGCAUCGAUGACAACAUGGACAUGGUGAAGUUCCUGGUGGAGAAGGAAGCGGACAUGGAGUACCCGGAUAACGAAGGGUGGACGGCCUUACACGCCACCGUCUCCUGUGGACACCUGGAAAUCACACAGUACCUUAUAGAGUCCGGUGCAGACCUGUCUGCUGUGAACAACGAAGGAGAAACCCCCCUGGACCUGGCUGAGGAUGAGGAGAUGGAACAGCUCAUACACAAGUUUGUGGAACAUCAAAGCAUCGACCUGGAUGCGGCACGGCGUGAGGAAGAACGACGAAUGAUCGAGGACGCCAACCAAUGGCUGAACAGCCGGGUCAUCAAGGAGAAGAAACAUAGCAAGUCUGGAGCCUCGGCUUUACACGUGGCAGCAGCCAAGGGAUACAUCAAAGUCAUGCAAUUGCUGAUCCAGGCAGGAGUGCCCAUCAACGCUGUAGACAACGACGGCUGGACCCCGCUCCAUGCAGCGGCACACUGGGGGCAGAAGGAGGCCUGCGAGGUGCUGGCAGAGAGCAUGUGCAACAUGAACGUCACCAACUUUGCUGGGCAAUCACCAUUUGACAUAGCUGACGUAGAUGUUCUACCAUAUUUAGAGGAACUCAAGAAAAGACAGGCCACUAUCAAGAAGGAGCGUCCAGCUGAGAAGCUUGUGAUAGACAUUACCAAUGAGCAUGAGAAGGCACCGCUCAAGAGAAGCAUGGGCUCGCAGUCAGCCCCUUUCUCUUCUUACAAUGGGCCCGCCGACCCGGAGCUGAGGACCUCGGUGUCCAGGAUAAGCCUGAAGGACAAGACAUCCUUCAUGCAAGACAUCUCGGAGGAGCGGCGGACGCUCGAGUCCAGCAUCUUAAAGAAAAACAAGAAGCAGGCUUCGAGCUCGGAGGAGUCUUCCAGCGAGGAGUCCUCGGAAGAAACCAAUAGUGAGGAUGAAGGAGUGGAUAAGGAACGAAGGCAGGGAGGAGGAGUGACUCUAACCCGCAUCACCCCUGCCGACACAAACCAGCACGGGCCCACAACAACCCCCACAGCGGCUCUCACACAUAAACCGUCAGACACAGACGCGACGGCCACCGCUGCCGCCGCCUCGCGAAAGGUCCUGGACGACAAAGCGCCGACCAGUUGGCGCGCCGGCUUGAGAAAAACGGGCAGCUCGAGCGCAGUGCCCGAAACUAACAACGGCGAAUCCAAAGACAAAUUACAAAGAUCGCCCUCCACUCCCAGUAUAUUCUAUAAACCCUGGGAGGAGAGAUUGAAGGAAAGAGAGAAGGAUAAAGAGAGGGAAAGGAAAGAGAGUCGUGAGGACAGAUUGCGCCGCUUGGGCAUCAUGCCGCCGGAAACAAAGGACAACAAGGACAAGACCGAGAGUCGGGAGGACAGAUUGCGUCGCCUGGGAAUUUUACCUCCUGCUGACAAUAAAGACAAAGACAAAGACAAUACCGCAAAUACCGACACGGCAGGCACGAGUUUAUAUAUGAGACGAAAGGGCGGGAGCGAAUCCGAGACCGCGGUGGCCCGUACGGGUUCCUCGCUAACCGUAACCCAAUCAACAGCUCCCUCUACUGUCACAACUACCACCUCUACGUCUAAUAGAAGGUCGUAUCUGGCCCCUCAGAGAGACGAGGAAUCGGAGACCCAGAGGAAAGCUCGCUCACGAAGGGCGAGAGAGACGCGGAGAUCCACGCAGGGCGUGACGAUGGAUGACCUUGAGGCUGCAGAAAAGACCAUCCGUAAAGACAAGGAAGAGAAGGAGAGGAGAGACAAGGAGGGCAAGGAGAACGGUACCGCCAAGGAGGUUGGCCUGACCGGGCUGCAUCGCCAAGGUCGGUUGGGGAGUGGCGACUAUUCGGUCACGACGGGACCAAUCAGCACAGCAACCCCACCCAACCCUCCAUCCGUAACCAUCACAGAGGCUCCGGACAUACAGAUGACACCUGAUCAAGAUCAGGACCAAAAUAAAGGGGAUAAGGAUAAGAAGCUGAUGUCGAGCCAGUCUGCGAGACGGCGCCCGAGAGAGAAGCGACGCUCCACAGGCAUCCCUGCAUCAGCACCGACCGAGGAUGACGGUGGCAGUGACGAGACCCCCUCCCAGUCACAACCACAGGAGAACCUAAUAGCUGAUGGUGAAAGAACAAGAUCCAGGUAUGACACUGGCACGUCAUCCUACCUGAGUCGAUCGACGGGAAGUUACCGAGACAGAUACGGUCCUUACGACUCCGUAAAGGACAAGGAGAAAGACAAAGACUACAAGAAGUUGUACGAGGAUGCAGUGGCUGAAAAUGAGAAGCUGAAGGAGAAAGUGAAUGAGCUGAAAACAGAGCUGGCUGGGUCCAAAGUGCAGAUGGAAAGGGACAAACAGCGACGUGACAGGUUCCCAGAUCGGUCUCUUCUUUUGGAGACAGAAAAGAGAGAGAAGAGAGCUCUGGAGAGGAGAAUAUCUGAGAUGGAAGAGGAGUUGAAGCAAUUGGCGGACCUAAGGGCUGACAACCAAAGGCUAAAGGACGAAAACGGUGCCCUCAUCCGAGUUAUAAGCAAGUUGUCCAAGUAACCCCACCCUGUACAUAGCAAACCUAUAGGAGAGAGAGGACAGGCGAAAAUCAAGUCAAGUUAGCCGUGCCACUGUCACAAGCACGCAAGUCGCUGCUUCUUUACGUGCACACGUACCACACACAUGUACCCAACUGCAUGCUGGGACGGCGCCGCCUAUCCAAUUCUGUAGUCGUGGAAUCUGGACAUGGUUCGCGGCGCACGGCUCUCGACUUGGUACCAACAAGUAGGCUGAAAGACUUUUGGUAGCCUAACAACAUAAAUGCAAGAUAUUUCACUUGAAUAGUGAUCAACACUUAGGCAGUGAGGUAUCAUCAGUUGCUUCUUUCUUCACACAUGCACUUCAACAAUUGCCAAGAAUAUUGCAGGCCUCUUUCACUAGAGAAAACACUUUCAGCAAGCUCACACACAUACGUCUCAGGAACGAUACCAUGCUUACCUUGUCAUGUAGCACCAUUUUCAACAUUGACAUUUGUGCUUUUUACACACAGAGCAAAUUUUGUGAGGUAUCCGUGUGUGUUAAGUGCAUGUAGGCAUGAUGUUGUUGCAGUUGUUGUACGCUGGAGUCGUUACUGGAUGUUGAGUACAUUUUGUGUUCUACCUGCAUGGAGAAGAGUGUUGUUCUUAGUCCGUCAUUUUUUGACGAUGACCAAUGACAUUAGCAGAAUAGACCGCAUUUAAGUACCUUGCAAAGUAUGUCAUUGUUUUACGGCGAUGACCAAGGACAACACGAUAGCAGAUAGCAAGCAAGACCAUACUUAGAUUCAACACAAAGUGUUAGAUUCACCAAUAGAUGAACUGGAAUGACUUUUUCUACAUUUUCAACUUGGGGUCAUGUUCCGAAACCCCGCUUUUACACCUGCAAACUACAUGUAUGUGAAGACUUUGCAGUAAAUGCUAUAGAAUUGUAGAAGUCACUUGCUUGACUUGCUGACUUGUGAUUGAAGAAUACAACAAUAACAGAGACCCAGAUCGUGAUAACCAAAACGUUAAUGUUUCAUACGACGUACGUGUAACUGUAAGCAUUGUGUAGAUACUGUUGAUAUUGUACUUACCAAGUAUUGACGAGUCUCCUAGGCCGAGAGUUUUCUUGUUCACAUCAUUUAUAUUAUGAUAUCUAGAUAAGCACGAAUGAUGAUGUACAGGAAUAUAGCAGAGUUAGACGCAUCGUUCUAGAGUGUAUAUGAAUGUAGCGCUCAGAGAGAGAAGAAACAACAACAUGUAUUUGUUAAUAUGCAUGUCACCCAAUAUGCAGUAUGCAACGAAUGAUGUACAUUAGAGCUAGAGUAGCGAUAUUGUACGUACGAACGACCACGGUAUGCCCCGACCACAAAAAUGGAUUUUUUUUCCGUGACGUUUUGAGGGACUCUACUCUGUGGUUGUUUGCGGACUCCUAAAUGUAGAUAAAGAAUGAUUUUAGUGAGCCAUGUUGAGAACAUUUAUUGCUAGGGACGUACAUUGCUAGCUUCCACCAGGCCUUCCUAUAGGGGCUAAUGGAUAGUAGAAUUCAGCAAAAUAAGGGUGAAUAUUUGUCUGUGUUAAGGAUAACUUUUUCCAAGCCUAAGGUAACACAUGGCAGCCAUGCUCCUCUGGGAAAUUAUUGUGACUCUUUAUUUUGCUGAAUUUUACCAUUUUUUAGCCCAAAGUGGAAAGUCUGGUAGAGGCUAGUACAUUGCCUGUUUCCGUUAUUUUGCACGUGUUUGUUGGCGUUUUGAAGGACUGUUGUGCCUUGCGGAAUGUUUACAGCAAACUGAACGCUCCUUAGACAGAGUGAAAAGUGAAAAUGAAGACGUUUUAAUAUCACUUUCGCCCCUUAGACCCGUACGUAGCUCAAAGUACAACCGACUGGGCAGCUUUUAGGUUAGAAAAACACAAACAAGCAAAAUCGUACGUUGGCUUAAUCAUCCCAUAUGUAGAGAAUUGUUGUUUCUUUGUCCUUUCGUAUAUACGUGUAUAUAUUAUAUUUUUUACAAUUGUAUGGCCAAUGACAAUCUAUGUUUCAUCUCUUAGGCAUUUUAUCCGUAGCGCCCAUUUACUAAAUCUGGUUACUCCUGUACAUGCGAGUGCUGAUAGCCAUGUUAUUCAUCGAUUUUCUUGGUUUUAUUUCUUUAAGAAUGUAGCUCAUCAUAUAUUUCAUUAUGAGCCUUAAACAAUGAAUUUAAUCCAUAGUGCAUCUGACUGAGCCUCUACUUUAAGUUCCACUGUUUAAAGAUCACCUGUUUUGUCAAGAAAAAAAAUGG